AUGGUGAUUGCUAGAGUGUUAAGAUGGACUGAUGAAAGCACAAAGCCUGAGAUGAGUUCGUCCCGCGCCGCUGCUACUGCCGCCUGCAUAAGCCCGAAUCAGUGGGUUCCUCCACCUCCUGGCAUCAUCAAAAUAAACUCUGAUGCUUCGCUUUCUGAAGAGGGCUGGGUUGGGCUCGGUGUUGUUGCACGAAAUAGCCUUGGUGAGAUCGUGUUUUCUGCCACAAAAAGACUCCGUGCGUGGUGGUCAGUUGAGAUAGCUGAAGCAAAAGCAAUUGAAUGGGCGAUUAGACUUGGCUGUAAAAUUGGUUGCAAGGAGAUUAUUAUGGUGUCCGACUGCCAGAUUGUUGUGUCUAGACUCUCCAGGAGUGCAACUCAUCUCACUGAUUUGGACUCGGUGUUAUGCGAUAUUAUGGCUCUAAUUGUUCAAUAUACUAGCCUACAGUGGAGUCAUGUGAAGCGUGCUGGCAAUGAAGUAGCUCACUCUCUUGCAAAAUUUCUUCCCUUUAAUUUGGAGCAAAUAUGGGAACGCUAUGUUCCUCCUGAUGUAUCCCCUUAUGUUCUUAUGGACACACUUGCUAUUUAA